AUGCCUCCCAUUGCCAACGAUGAAUCGAAGGUCCAGCUAGAGCGACUCGGCCAUGUGGUCGUUGAACAUGCCGAUCUGGCCAAGUUCAGAGCAUUCGCCAAGGAUUUUGGGAUGGUUGAAGAACGUGUCGAGAAGGAUCGAGUCUACUACCGCGGCUACGGCGUCGACCCAUAUCUAUAUGUUGCACAGCAGAGCAAGUCCCGCAGACCUAAGUUCCUCGGACCUGCAUUUGUGGCAAAGUCGCAGAAGGAGUUUGAUAAGGCGGCUGCCCUGCCCGGAGCGAAGCUUGGGUCACUGGCAGAUGCUCCAGGUGGUGGCCAGAUUGUGACAUUCGAACGACAGGACGAGACCUACAUGCAUGUCAUAUAUGGUCAGAAAGAACGAUCAGCGCCGAGUGGGGAAGAGCCCAGUGCGACGCAUGACCAGUUUGGUCCCUUGAAUACACCAUUCAGCAAGCCUCGGCAAGGAAAGUUCCAGCGUUUUCAUCCAGGACCUGCUCUCGUGCACAAGCUUGGUCAUAUGGGCUAUGUGUAUAGAGACUUCGACACAGAGGUGAAAUGGUGGACAUCGAAUUUCAACUUCGUACCCAGCGACAUUUUGUACCACUGGGACUUUUCCAACAUGGACGUCUUGACGUUUAUGCACCUUGACCACGGCAAGGAAUAUACCGACCACCACAUACUUUUCCUCCAGCGAGCAGAGCCGCAAGUGAAGAAGAGUUUCAUGCAUCAUUGUUCUUUCGAAGUGGCGGACUUUGAUACGCAGCUGAUAGGUCACCAAUGGCUGGCUCAAAAGGGUUGGAAGAGUAUUUGGGGCGUGGGCCGCCAUGUCUUAGGUAGUCAGAUCUUCGACUAUUGGCAGGAUCCUAGUGGUUUCAAGAUCGAACACUAUGCCGAUGGUGAUCUGGUGAAUGAGGACACGCCAACGAAACGGGAUGUUGUUGGUCCGUUCUCGGUAUGGGGUCCGGAGGUCCCCAAAGACUUUGGCAGUAACGGAAUCAUCGUAAACGUGGGUGGCAAGAUAUGA